CCGCUGGUGGCCUGACACAGACGGGCCUUCACCACUUCCCUUUACUGAAUGAUCACCACUUUUACUGAUAUACAACACAUUAGCUCCACUUCACCAAACAGGUUUAAGAGGAGACUUAUUGAGGGCUGGGACGGGGUGAACUGCGGAUUCCUGACUGAUUCAGAACCCGCAGUUAAAAUGAACAGUGAUACAGACCGCCCUGUAGAGCUGAUCACCUAUUUGGACACUGGUCAGGACCAGCGUAAUCUGCCUCCGCUCUGUCCCAGCCCUCAGGCCGGGAGAACCGGGACACGCGUCAUGGCCUCUAUGAAGCGUCGUCCCUCUCCUACAGAGGACAGGGAACCAGAGCAGCAGUCCAGGACUGAACUGCCAGGAGUGAAGCCUCUGAAGAUGCCCUGUGAAAACUGGAGCAGAGCAGAGUUCAUUUAUUAUUGUUCUGAUACUGAUUCUGUAUUAUUCCCAGAUCUCUCCAUCAAGAAACUAUCUAUGCUUCUAAUUCUACGGACAAUCAAUUAUAUAGCCUUUACUACACAAACUGAUGAUCAUUUUGACAGUGAUACCAAAAAUAUUAUUUUUAAGCAAAAUACAAAAAUGUUCUUGUUGAUGGAGUCAAAGGACGAUAAGAUCAAAGUAAAGAUGAAAAAUCAAUAUGCAUUUUUCUUUUUUAGAAAGAAAGAUGGGUCCUUUACGAAACCCUUUGGUCCAUAUUUCCCAAAAGAUAAAGGUAAAGUUCACAGUGAGGAUUUGGUUUGUGCUGAAAUACAAGAAGUAGGAAAAGGGCUUAAACAAUACAUUGAACUGUAUAUUUACACAGUGUACAGCCCCUGUAUGGGGAGAAAAAAUACUGAGCCCUGCAUGAUUCGGUUAAUCUGUUUAUCUGAUAUGCUGGGCAGACGUUACGGGAUUAAAACUUACAUCACUUUCUCAAAACAUUACGGUGCCACAGGACCAAUUUGUAAGUGUUUACCAGAUCAUACUUACAAAAAAUGUUCCUUCAGUUCUAAAAGUACUGAUUCCACAUACAUCAAAAAUAUCAGUGAACCAUCUGAGAACUUAAACAACAAAGACAAGGACCCCCAGUCCAAGUUCCUCAAGAAAAAUUCCUCUAGAUAUAAGAAAACUGAUUCAUUACUGCCUAUUUCUCCAAAUAAAUCAAAUAGUUCAGUUAAUACAAGAAAAAAUGAGUACGCUCACAAUGGUUUUUCUGGUCAGCACUCUUAUGACCACCAAAUUAAAAAUACAGAUGGCAGCCAAGAUCUGGCACUAAAUAUGAACACAGUCGCCGAAGAUGAAGACUGUGAAUCCAAGUUCCUCAAGAAAAAGUCCUCUAGAUAUAAGAAAACUGAUUUAUUUGGAGUAAUGUUAAGUAAUGAAUCAAAGACUUCCAUUAUUAAAGCAAAAAAUGAUGACGAUCACAAUGGUUUUUCUGGUCAGCACUCUUACAAUCAGCAAACUAAAAUCAUAGAUGGUGACCAAGAUCUGGUACUAAAUAUGAACACAGUCGCCGAAUAUGAGGACCAUGAAUCCAAGUUCCUCAUGAAAAAGUCCUCUAGAUAUAAGAAAACUGACUCAUUAUUGCCCAUGACUCCAAAUGAAACAGAUAUUCAAAUGGAAAUUCAAGAUAAUUCUAAAUUCCUGUUGCUUCAGCGAACUCUUUACCAACAAACGUACGACCAGAAACUGGAAUUAGCUAGAAACUUACUCAUCAGAGAACGUGACCGUCAAUCCUGGUUCCUCAUGAAAAUAUCAUCUAGGUUCAAAAAAAAUAAAUUAAUCUAUCUUGUUAAAGAAAACAUUCCCAAAGAUCUUCGGAAUGUAUUAUUUCAACAAAUACAUUCAUUUAAUCCUGAAUGCACUCAGGAGCCAAACACGUUUGAAGAGUUUGAAAAGAAGGGAAUGGAAACAUCAGAAGAAUUUGAGAAAUCACUGAGGGCUUUAAUUAGUGAAGAGAUUCAUCAAAGUGUCUGUAAUUCCAUCUGUGGCACGUUUAAAUCUGAAUUUCUGAACUGGUGGGCUACAAAUUUAGAACAGUCUUUCAGUACCUUUUUAAAUGAAAGACUAAGUGAAGGUAUUAACAGAGAGGUGACCAGGCGCUUCAUUCACAACAUCCAGCAGCUUCCAUAUGGACCCAUUAUAGGCUGUAUUGGUGACAUCACUGAUCCUGAAAUGUGCUGUUCUGAUGCUGUUACUCCAUCACCUGAUAAUCCUCUGUCAUAAAUUUGAAUUUUGUAAUAUUGGAAUAAGUUUUAAUAAAUUGAUUUUUCACUGUU